AUGUUCCAGGAAGUAGCCCCAGGGACAGUCGAAGCCUUCAAUCAGCGUGCCGAUCUUAGUCCCGAAACUGUAGUAUGUAUCAUGGUAAACUGUGCUGGCAGCGUUAAGGUGCUUGCCGUCUUACUGAGCUGUGACUUCUUGCAACGAGAGUUCGUAGAUAGUGCGUUCGCCUUCGAAUGUAACGCUUCUUUCCGAUUUCGAGGGUGCUUGGGGCUAACCGUUCUUCAAGGCCUCGAACUCCCAUCUCGGGCUUGUAUCUUGAAAGCCGUGCUGGAAAGGUUUCUCCAUCUUGACAAAUCCUUUCAAAGAGUAGAGCGAAGCACACGCUCCAGUGCAGUCAAUCAAAAGGAGGAAAUUCAAUGGAGUCACAUUCGAAACUGGACCUGGGAAUCUAAACAGGAUAUUCUAACGGCCCGGGUGCUGUCAAAAGGCAGCGGUGUCCCCGAAGCACCAAAAUACACAGUGCCUUUAAAUAAUGCUGCCGUAAUAUCGGAUAGGUUCGACAAGGUUGAUGCGAUCAGUUAUUCGAUAGCAACGGGUCCGGGGGUGUUGAGGUAUCUAGCGUUGAAAGGGAUUGGCCUCCCUUCCCACUAUUAUGGACAGAGUCAAAAUUUUCAAUCAAUCUGGCUCAAUUUUGCCUCCUUCAACAAUGAUGGCUCUCGCGUACUUUGCCGAGAGUACACCCUCUCCGUCCAGAUAAGGCAGAACUAUGGGUUUGUUCGUAUGGAGAGUGUCAAUCCAAACACCUUAGAAAGGUUACUGGAAAUUCGUAAUAUGGUUGCAGUGAGCUUACAUAGUUGUCGAUUACAGACAGCCAGGCUAUCGGCCAGGUUAUCGGCCGCUGAAAUUGGUGCCCAAACAUUUGCCUUGGGCGCUCGUAUUGUUGGAGCAUCCCCAGAAAAGCAAGAAGGAGUUGGUGCAUUGCAGCCGAGCUUGCAAAAGCUUCACACAGGAGCCUUCUUCCGUAUCCUAGAGGCAAAGCUACGGGAGAAUACAGAAAGCGAACAAGCAGUUUCUAGGGCGAACAUAUGGAAAAAGGGGUGCACGCAACAGUACGGAAAACUUCCAAAAUUGACCGCUAUGAAUGACGGAAAGACGGAAAAUUUGGCCGGGCUAAGCAUGGUAGAUCUCGUAUAUCAUCCCGCAAAUCCUGACUCUGUCCCUACCGGGUCUUCGUCGGGAGAGGCACAGAUUAGUAUAGGGGCAUAUGUGGCUUUGAGUUCCGGUGAGAAGUCUUUUCAUCGAAAUAUAUGGCGGAGUCCUAUCCCCAAACUUCCCAUCCCAAAAAUGGGAAUGCUCACCUCGAUGACCACCUUGCAAUCGCUGUACCAUUGUCCCGAGAAAAGCUUGGUAUUCUUGAGUUGCAUAGAGCAAUACCAUACUCUGUCGAAGUUUCAUAGAAUAUCGCGUGUCGUUGAAAGCCAAAUAGCAGUAUGGAGCGGAGAUGCCACAAUAUACUAUAUCUUGAGGAUAAGAUUGGAAACGGUUGGGAAACUAGCCGAUAGGAAUCCUGCGAAUUCCUUGUUAGAACUAGGCGCCGCCGAAGUCAUUCAAAAUCAUCGCACGCGGACGAUAGCAAUGGUAGGAAAAAAUAAGAUUAAGAUCGAGAUUCCUACAGAGACAAAUGGUGAUACAGUAAGUGCUAACAGAGAGUUACCCAUAAUACCUGUGAAUGCAUGCCACGACAUUCUACUUGGGAGUUCUAUUCGAAUGGUAGAUGCAUGGUGGAAAGAUAGACCAGUGUUAACGGAGUGGAGAGGGCCCUUAUGUGAGAAAUCGUUGUCCGAUAAGGGUUACAUAUGCCACCCACCACGACCAUUCACACAACAGCAAUUAGGAACGUGGCGAUCCCAAAGCCAUGGUACGGGGUGUAACCUUCAUGUUGUCUAUGACCAGCGGUUAUUAUGGAUAGUCCACAUUGACGCCCUGUGUGGUUUCCUUCGAGAUCCACAUUGCAGUAUUAGGAAAAAUAUGUUCUGGGGCAAGGACGAGGGCAGAGGCGACUGGUUGAUCCAAAGACUUGUAUUGACGCUCGUAUUAGAGGUGGUUGGUUCAUUCGAGGCGACUGACCUUGUCAUAGUUUUAGGCGAGUCAAGAAGCACACUGAAAGCCAAUGCUAAUAGCUUAUUCCUCUACUCUCAGAGAGUGUAUGGGUAUCCUUUCCCUUUUCUCGAUAAGAUCACCUCGGCAACGAGUAGUGCUAUUGGGAGGCUGGGAGACGGGGCAAGGACCAUUUACGAUACUACAAAGGCAUUAGCGGUCAUUUCCCUUCUAGUUGCCUACAUGCUUGGACGGCUGCUUCCGUUGAGCGACCCGGCCUAUAUUGAAAGUAGAUACCAAUGA